CCCCUCCUCCCUACUCUCUCUUUUCUCCCUUCCCACAACUCCCUCCCUCUCUGCUCCCUACCUGCCUCCCCCUCCCUUUCCUUCUCCCCCAUUUCUGUUUCUGUGCGGAUUUCAGCUUUGACCCAGGCAGCAGCAGCAGCAGCAGCAGCAGCAGCAGCAAGGAUGGGAAACUAGCAACAGAUGCUGAGCUCUAAGAUUUGUAUUCAUAGGCAACCUCCCUCCCUCCCCAUCUAAAGAUAAUACAAAAGAAAAAGGCAAGUCUUGGCAUCCCGAAAAGAGAGGAGAUGGCUAUUGCUGUUUGAACCAGAAAACGGAAACCCUAAAGCCCAACCUAGAGGCUAGAGGGAGUCAUUGGAGCUGCUGCUUUACUGUCUUAUCCCCCCCCUCCAACCAUGCCGGGGCCACAGGCUGGCUGUGGGCUGGCUCCAGAGAAGGCUGCCUUUCUCAAGGAGAGCGCAGAAAGCCCUCUAGAAUGGGCAGCCCAGGAAGGAAUCCAGGACGGGGAUAGCGGGAAGGCGCCAGCCCGACAGGGCAUAGUCUGGAGGAAUGUCAUCCUGAUGACCCUGCUACACUUCGGGGCCCUGUAUUCCCUCACCCUCAUUCCUAAGGCCCAUCUGCUCACUCUGCUCUGGGCAUACCUCUGUUUCCUCCUGACAGCUCUGGGGGUGACGGCUGGUGCGCAUCGUCUGUGGAGCCACAGAUCCUACAAAGCCAAGCUGCCUUUAAGGAUUUUCUUGGCCGCUGCCAACUCCAUGGCUUUCCAGAAUGACAUCUUUGAGUGGUCGCGGGAUCAUCGAGUACAUCACAAAUACUCAGAGACGGAUGCUGACCCCCACAAUGCCCAGCGGGGCUUUUUCUUUUCCCAUAUUGGGUGGUUAUUUGUUCGGAAACACCGCGACGUCAUCGAGAAAGGGAGGAGGCUAGAUCUCACCGACCUCCUGGCUGACCCAGUUGUCCGACUCCAAAGGAAGUACUAUAAGACCACUGUGUUGCUCAUGUGCUUUGCUCUACCCACAUUGGUGCCCUGGUAUUCCUGGGGAGAGAGUCUAUGGAACUCCUAUUUCCUGGCCUUCAUCCUCCGUUACACCAUCUCCCUCAAUGUUACCUGGUUGGUCAACAGUGCUGCCCACAUGUAUGGCAACCGGCCCUAUGACAAGCACAUCAGCCCCCGGGAGAACCCAUUUGUCACUUUGGGUGCCAUUGGUGAGGGCUUCCAUAAUUACCACCACACCUUCCCAUUUGACUACUCUGCCAGCGAAUUUGGCUUAAACUUCAACCCGACCACAUGGUUCAUUGACUUCAUGUCCUGGUUAGGGCUGGCCACUGAUCUUAAACGGGUUCCUGAGCAGAUGAUCCAAGCCCGUAAAGAGAGGACUGGGGAUGGCAGUGCUUGACUAUUUGACCUUUAUCCAACAUAUAUGCUGUUUACUUAUUGGUUCUUUAUUUUGAGCAAUGCAGUCUCGUUCAUUUUGUUGGGGGUGGGGGGAAUCUGUUGUGGUUUUGUUUGGGGGUUAUUUGUUUUAAGAAUCAGCUUGUCUAAUGUCUCAAAUCAAACUCCUAAUUGAAAUGUAAGAGGAAAAGUCAGCGUAGAUGUUAUUUAACGUUAGUGUUCCAAGAUGUAGGAUAUGGAAUAGUCUUCAUAGUUAUAUGUUAAAUGUACAGUCAUAAAUUUAUACAUGGUCUUGACCUUGACUGGAUGAAGGAAUUGAAUAGUCUUUCUAAGUUAUGGUUUGAAAUUUUUUUUUUAGUGACUGAUCGAGCAUGGCUUUUGAGAUAUACUACAUGAAGAAUCCAGUAGGCAGAGUGAGAAAACGAACAAAAAGAGGGAAGUUUAAGUAUGCUUUUUAAGAAAAGUGUAUUCAGGGGCUGGGAUUGUUUUGUUUUCUUUUAGGAAAGAGAAAAGUUGACUUAAAAUAAUUUGGAAGAGAAAAAGGGAAAUGCCACUCUUAUUUUUUACCUUGUGACUAAGCUUACUGAUACUUCAGUUUCUUUGCUAAUUUUGUUUUCUGCUCGGCAAACUUUGUGUUUAAAAGUAUACACCCAGCUGGUCCUGUAAAUUACGGCUCGUUUAAAUACUUCGUCUCUUCUCAUAGGGUUAUGGUCUGGACCUGUGAUUCAUCUCUCCUCAUAGCGUUGUGGUCUGGACCUGUGAUUCCUCUCUCCUCAUAGGGUUAUGGUCUGGACCUGUGAUUUUAUUUAUAUGGGAACUUCCCAGGUGAGGAAACUCCCUCUGUAGCUUGGAUCCUACUCUG